AUGCUGCGUGGGUCCAAGUCCUACUCAGCUCCGAUAGGGAACACGCCGUUUUGUAGCCAAGAGUGCCGGCAAGAACAGAUGGAAAUGGAUGAAGCCACCGAGAAAAGACUGAAACUUUCCUCUUCCAAGAAAUCGAAAUCAGUGAUGAUGAUGAUGAUGAGACAGCUUAAUUCGGAAUCUGCAGCUAAAGAGUCGUCCGACAUCAUGACCAACAACAAAGCAGCUGCUGUUAGGACAGGUGGGACGACUGUGGCUGUGGCAUAA